AUGGCAGCUUUCAUGCAGCACACAGGAGGCGUUGGCUUCCACUGGGAUUUCUCUCCACCAUUUGCCAUCGUCUCGUCGAAUCCAGGCGGAGGAUUUCCAGUCUUGCGGCCACCUCUACCGCCAGGGCCUCCGCCACCGCCGGCUGCUAGUAGUGGCGGUGGUGGUGGUGGUGGUGGUGGUGGAACCGCAGCUGCUAAUUCUUCUUAUGGACAGUGGAAAUGGACGAGGCUUAUUGAUCGGCUGUGUUUUUCGGCGGAGUGGCCUUUGCCCGUGGUUGGAGCCUCCGCCCGCGCUCUAGCCUUUAAAAUGGAGCCGCAUGGGGAGAAGAUUUCCCUGGAGCGAUGCUUGGGAUGGAACGAGUCUUUUUCUCUCUUGCUGCUCUUGCUGUUCUUGCUGCUGCCGCAACCAACGAGCAAGGAAUCGUCGCUGGUUCACAGCUACAAGCACGGUUUCAAUGGCUUCUCCGCCUUCUUGACUGAAGCCGAAGCCGACUCCAUUGCAAAGCUUCCUGGCGUGGUUAAGGUUUUCCGUUCCAAAAAACUCAGUCUCCACACAACACGCUCUUGGGAUUUUCUCGACAGCUUUUCUGGUGGUCCGCACAUUCAACUCAACUCUAGCUCUGGAUCGGAUGUCAUUGUGGGAGUCCUUGAUACUGGUGUUUGGCCGGAGUCCAAGAGCUUCGACGACGCUGGGAUGGGACCGGUGCCAAAGAGAUGGAAAGGAGUAUGUGACAAUUCCAAAAUCACCAAUCAUUCACACACGAUCCGCUGCAACAAGAAAAUUAUAGGAGCUCGAUCUUAUGGACACUCGGAGGUGGGGAGCCUUUAUCAAAACGCUCGGGACGAAGAGGGGCAUGGAACUCACACGGCCUCCACCAUCGCUGGAAGCCUGGUAAAAGACGCCACUUUUUUAACAACUCUUGGAAAAGGAGUUGCUCGAGGGGGCCAUCCAUCCGCAAGGCUUGCGAUCUACAGGGUUUGCACGCCUGAAUGUGAGAGUGACAACAUUCUGGCAGCAUUCGACGACGCAAUUCACGACGGUGUAGAUAUUCUCUCGUUAUCGCUGGGUGGAGAUCCCACCGGAUAUGACGGGGAUUCCAUAUCCAUUGGUGCUUUCCAUGCAAUGCAGAAGGGAAUUUUUGUAUCAUGUUCUGCUGGAAAUGGAGGUCCAGGCUUCCAAACCAUCGAGAACUCGGCUCCAUGGAUUUUGACAGUGGGAGCAAGCACUAUCGACAGGAAGUUCUCGGUCGACAUCAAACUUGGAAACUCUAAAACCGUUCAGGUCAAGGGAAAGAUUGUCUUGUGCAAAUACAGUCCGGGCGUUGCAUCAUCCUCGGCCAUCCAGCGACAUCUUAAAGAACUUGGUGCCUCUGGAGUAAUUUUGGGGAUUGAAAAUACGACAGAGGCAGUGUCCUUCCUUGAUCUUGCUGGAGCUGCUGUCACUGGGAGCGCCUUGGACGAGAUUAAUGCCUACCUGAAGAACUCGAGGUACACAAGCUUUCAUGCAUUUUUGCCCGAUCUCGUUGCUCCUGGUGCGGACAUACUGGCUGCAUGGAGUCCUGAGCAGCCCAUCAACGAUUAUGGCAAGCCAAUGUACACCGACUUCAACAUAAUCUCUGGAACUUCCAUGGCGUGUCCUCACGCCAGUGCUGCCGCGGCCUUUGUCAAAUCCAGGCACCCGAGUUGGAGUCCAGCAGCCAUCAAGUCGGCUCUCAUGACAACAGGUACCGAAGAGAACAAAAACACUAGUCUUCCCUCUUUGAUCGUUUGUUUGGUGUUUGUAGCACGCUUCCUGGACAACACAAAGAGCCCAAUCAAAGACUACGAUGGGGAAGAAGCUUCACCAUUUGUGAUGGGAGCCGGACAGAUUGAUCCAGUCGCAGCUCUUAGUCCUGGCCUGGUCUACGACAUAUCUCCGGAUGAAUACACGAAGUUUCUAUGCACGAUGAACUACACAAGGGAUCAGCUGGAGCUCAUGACUGGAAAGAACUUAUCUUGUGCACCCCUGGACUCCUACUUGGACUUGAACUAUCCAUCCAUCGUGGUUCCCAUCGCUCAGUUUGGCGGGCCAAAUUCCACCAAAGCGGUGGUGAACAGGAAAGUUACCAACGUUGGAGCUGGCAAGUCGGUCUACAACAUUUCAGUAGAAGCUCCGGCGGGAGUGACUGUCGCGGUGUUUCCUCCACAGCUCAGGUUUAAAUCCGUGUUCCAGGUUCUAAGUUUCCAGAUCCAAUUCACAGUUGAUUCAUCCAAGUUCGAAUGGGGCUAUGGAACACUGACAUGGAAGAGUGAGAAGCACUCGGAGGAGGAGGAGACGAGGACUCUAUGCCAACGCCUGAUCUUAUAUAUUAAGUUAGUCACCUUGGGCAAAGAAUCCUUUGCUUCAAUGGUUUUUGACUAUGAUGGAGCCGUCACUAAUUUGCUACUUGAUUCUUCCUUUGUCCACUCGUUAUGCUCUUGA